UUUUACUUUCACGCCAUCGGUGGAGGUCGAAUAGUUGACCAAAAAAAGAAGAAGAAAAAACUUAAAGUUGCAGUGAUGCCUGAUGGACUGCAGCUCGGCCACAAUAUUGGAGGAAUGCGCUUUUGUCGCUCGCGGGGGGUGGAGUUAAAAAGUGAACGAGUGCUGCCUACCAAACAGAGAGAGGCGGAGAAGGAGGAGAGAGAGAGAAGGGAGAGAGACGGGUGGGCAGGGUGCUCACCGUAAAGGAUGGUUGUCGGAAAGAGUCUUGAAGACCUAAUGAAACUGGCUGCUUGAAUUGUUUGCAGCGAUAAUAGAGCUCAGUGGCGUGCUUUGCGUUUCUCGGAUCCUUGGACGGAAAAGAACUGCAGUAGCAUCCUGACAAAGAAGAAAAAGAACAGUUAGGGACAAAAAGAGCACGUAACUCUUUCCCGGCGCACCGGGCUGUUUGGUGCUCAACGAAAGACCGACCUCCUGUUUGGACCCAGUACCGUCCUCCCACACUCCUCUGGCGGGCUCACAAGCAGCAGUUCCCGGCAUUUGCUGGGAUGUUUGAGUCGCGUUGGUUGGUGGGGUGAAGGGACCGAGAGUGUGGCCGGAGAGACCAAAGGAUCGGAGGCCGAGAGAGGAGCCGAGAGCAUGGCUCUGGUAGCGCUGUCUCUCUGGGUGCUAACGAGUCUCACCUGGGCGAACCUGCUCCAGGUGUCAGCCAACAGGCAUACCGUUUACUGGAACAGCUCUAACAUACAUCUGCGUAGGGAGGGCUACACAAUGCAGGUGAACGUCAACGACUACCUGGACAUCUACUGCCCUCAUUACAACGACAGCCAGCGCAUGGUGGGCACCGGAGAGCAGUACGUCCUCUACAUGGUCAGCUAUCGCGGUUACAGGAGCUGUGAUCCCCAGAUGGGCUUCAAGCGGUGGGAGUGUAACCGGCCUCACGCCCCCCACGCGCCCAUCAAGUUCUCCGAGAAGUUCCAGCGCUACAGCGCCUUCUCGCUGGGCUACGAGUUCCACGUCGGCCAGGAGUAUUACUACAUCUCCACGCCCACUCAUCACCACGGACGCGCCUGUCUGAGACUACGAGUGUACGUCUGCUGCUCCACGGCUUCUGAUGUGGACGAUGAGCCAGGGCCUACAGAUGGAGUCUACACGCUUAGACCAGGCCUAAAAAUUGAUGAGCUUGCUGAAUUUAAUCCUGUUAUUCCCAAGCUGGAGAAGAGCGUCAGUGGAAGCAGCCCAUCCAGGGAUCGCCUUCUUCUCACCGUGACGAUGCUCUUUUUGGCCGCUCUGUGCAUCUCCUAGCAACGGCCAUCCCAUCAGCGUCACCAUGCCAACUAGCCUUGGGAAGGUGUACAAUAUCUGAGGAGAGGAUAGGAGAGGAGAGGCAAAUAGAGCAGAAAGCAAGAGGAGCAAGACUUUGAAAUUAGAGUUUGGAAGAAUCACAAUGUGUGUGUGGGGGGGAGUGCGUGUGUCUUUGUGUGCGUGCGUGCAUGUGUGUGUCUGUGUGUGUACAGCUGUGUGUUUGAGGGAGUGUGGUUUUGGCAGAGUACAGGCACCUUCAGGCACUUGGUGACACAGACUGAACCAUAUCUGGCAUUAAAGUCAGCCUGUGCCCACAGGUGCAGGUGAGGGUAGACUGUGUGUGUUUUUCUGUUUCUGUGUGCGUGAAUGUGUGUGUGUGUAUGAGCAGGCCAAAUGUUGAGCUUGUUGAAUCCUGCACACCACACAAAGCAUUUAUUCCACAGGUGAGGUGGAGCUAAAAUCCUAAUAAAAAGAUGAAAUCCAACCACCAAACUGAAACCUAUUUGAAGACUUUCCCUUGGAUCUGAUUGGCUGUAAGAAUCCUUAAGUCUAGUUGCCAUAGUUUCUUGCAACAAAGAGAACUGAAAUGAACUGAUUCAUAUAGAUUUCAGCGGUACUGAACUGAAAUUGCCUUUUUGUUGUUCUUGUUGUUGUUUAUCUUGAUGCUGGGAGCUUUUCCCAGUACACAGAGGAAAAAAAAAAUGGAGCCAGCUGAUGAACUAUGUUGGCCCCGUGUAGUCAAAGUAGUCGGUAGUUCAUACACAGACACACCCUGGGACUCCAGACCACCAGUGUUUCAGUUGCCAUUUCCACUAUGCUGUGUCAUUCUGUGUUCACCAUCAGCGCUCAGAAGGCAAAAGGACAGAAAGGGGUCAUGGGAAAAUACAAAGCAUUUAAAUGUCGACUCACCAUUUCUAGGAAAAGAUAGAAGAGGGGGAAAGGAACCCGAACAUGUGGCAUUGACAGACAGUGCAAAGGUGUGUGGACGUUAGAAGUUGCUGUGGUACUUUUCUGUCUUUUCCUUGAAGUACUCAGUUCGUCCUCUGCCAGCUCCGAGGUUAAUGAAGCACACGAUGGCCAUCGAGCAGCCAUGGAUACACUCAGCAAUACUACCCUCCUCACAAACGACUGCAAGCUGUUUAGAGGAGAGAAAGAGGAGCCCGGAGGAGGGGACGAGAGAGGAGGAGCAGUCACUCACACGAGCAUCAAUAAAUAGGUCCUGUCCAAGCCAUGUUGGUUCAGCGGCCUGCUCUACCAACCCUGUUCUCUGUACGCCCAUAUGUCAGUUGCCACAUUUUUGCGUUUCUGUUUGAGUGUGUUUUAUGCGUGCCCGAGUGGGAAAAAACAAAACCAUCCCGAGUGUGCUGUUUGUCUGUGUUUGAGAGUGAGAGAGAGACUAUUUUAAAAGGUACUAACAGCCUGAAAAAAUACAUACAUCCACAUACUGUACAUCUUAUAAGUAUGAAAAUGCAAAAUAAAAAAAAAUCAAAACAUGACUAAAGCAGCAAGUUAUACAUACAAACCAAGUGCUUUGGUGGGGAGGUACAGCAAUCCAAAACUCAAACAAAUGUACCAGUUGGUUGCUUCAGAAUAGCGUUUCCAUAGCAACUAGCACCUUAUUCACCAUGGUUACCCUACCCUGCCAAUGGAUGGACUCUAGUAGGGCAUGGCUUACCAUAGUAGCUGAUAACAAUGAUGAAGGUGAUGUUGAUUAUAAUGAUAAUAAAGAGGAUGAUGACGAUGGACUGUGAGCUGGCCGUUAGUCGAUCAGGACUGACGCCACGCGGCUCGCCCACUGGUACGUGAGGCGUUCAAGUACUCGUGUAAAUGUCACAACAGAACAGAAUGGAAUUCUAAUGUAUUGAAAUCUGACGAGGUGAAAUGUGAUGUAAGCAUUUUUACAAACUUGAAGCUCAGUUUUCUUUGCGGUUGUUUUCCUUUCUUUUCUUUUCUUUUCAGUUUUGUUGAGUUUGCUGUGGUACAUAACUGCUUAUGUUGAGAUGGGAAGACGGGUUUUAAAAGUUUGAAAAUUGGGUUGGGUUAAGCUUUAUGUAAACCUGGGCUGCACUCUGUGAUUCUCUUCAACUCGUUCAACUUUAAGGUAAAGUUAUGCUGCAUACUAUGUUUUUAACAACAACACUGGUGCGUCGCUUUAUUUCCUUUAAAAGACGCUCCGGUGACUAUAUACAUGAGUUAGGAGAUAAUUAGGAGCAUUAGUGAGCUCGUGAGAACUUUUUUUUUAAUGUAAUCUCUGGCUCUGGGGUAUAGACUGUAAAUAAAAGAUGGGCACAGCCACAGUGACAUCACAUAUUGGUUUGUGAAGUCCAGUUUUGAAGCCAUUAUUUUAGCCUUUUGCCAACACUGCAAGCACAGGAAAGAGGUACAGUUCAGUGGCCUAACAGAAAACUACUGGCUACAGCUUCCUGUCAGUCCACAUGCCUAAUUAUGAUAACUUUAACCUUUAGAAAAGUUAAACGGAUAAGUAAACUAUGCUGAACUUUAGCCUUGAAAUUUUAAAUAGAUGUCUUGUUUAAUCAGUAAGGGCCAUGGCAUUUGAAAAAUAUAGGCUUGUACAAGACAUGACUUCUGAGAGGAGUUACAGAGUUGCAUCAUGGGAAUUGUAAGAUCAAGUAUUUUUGAGUUGAGGAUUUUAUAGUGUGGACAGAAAGUUGGUAUUUGUUAUCUGUUUUAUCUGUUCUCGUUUUCAUUUUGGCCACGUGCUUUUAUCUUAAAGAAUUCCCAGAUUUAUAGAAGGGAAGUACUAAAGUGAUAACCUUUUAAAAUAAACUAUGUCUGUUUGCUAUUAAUUGUAUAUAGAUAGCAUAUGUUUCACUGAGGCAGAGAUAUAUUUUGAACCUUUUUAAAGGUCUAAUUUUUACCUAUUUUGGCCUUUUUGGAGACCUAAAUAGGCUAAAAUGAUCAACAUGUCUAGUAAGAAAAACUGAAAAGAAUGCAAGAAAGUCUAAUGAAAUGUCACCCUGACAAGAGAUUGUGCCUGUGGAAAUAAACAACCAAUUAAAAGACCAUGUGUGAUCCAGCCCCAGGUGUACAUAUAGCUCAUGGUGGGAGGGUGAAGGAGGAAAGGUUUGGGUUCGGGUGUCGAGUGGGAGGAUUGAAGAGUUUGAAAGGUUAAAUCACUCUUCAAGAAGUUGCACUUAAGAACUCAGACACGCGGGCGAGAAAACAUGUAUGUGUGUUUAUGGGUGCGUUCGUGUGUGCAAAUUAUUGAGAGCGAGUGAGUGAGCGACAGACUCUUUGUUUCUGAUCUUUCCAUGUGUGCGUAUGAAUGAGAAAAUGUGACCGAUUGUUGUCUGGCAAAACAAUAAAAGCAUUUACUAGUGUUGGAAACAACAAUUACAAUCAUGUUUACCUUCGACUGGAAUGACUUUAAAUGAACUUGAAAAUAAACUGUAAACUGAACGAACCAUAACAGAGGUUAUAACAAUGAUCAUGAUAACAAAAUAAUAAGCUUACAAAUGUUACUUUUAA